CGCUGAGACUACAUCGGCGCGCGGUGGGUGCCUCACGAUCGCCGGUGCACACACGCAGACACACACACACGUACUAUACCCACGCAGGAUAAUAUACUUGCGGGAGUUCGGACAGUUGGUCUGCUGGCGUAGCUGCUGCAUCCCCUACUACCACACUUGUUCGCCUGCUGCUGCUGUGCUGCUGCUGCUGCUGCUGCUACUACUUCUGCUGCGCCGCACUACGCGAGUGUCUGUGUGUGGUGCAUUAUAGAGUCGUUCGCGCUGCGGCGGCUAGUCAAAAGCACCAACAACCGAUCCCCAAGCCAGUCGUCCAGCCAAGCGCCUCUAAGCGCCAUACACACAUUACAGCCGCGACUUGAAGUGUGCCGUGUUUAUUGUUGUGCCGACAGAGAGAGAGCUGAAGAGAGUUAGUUGUUGAUUGCUGACCAAAGAGGAGACGCUACUGGACAAAAGCCACACAUACCCACACACAUCUAGCCAAAAUGAAACUGAGGAUAGCCCUGAUCACAGCGAUUCUGGCGGCAGUGCUCGGCGCGUCACAGUCACAGUCCUACCAGAACUACAACCCCUUCUUCUACGGUUUCGCGCCCUACAUCAGGCCGGUGUCUCAGCUGACGGCCUCGCGCUUCGUCAACAUGAGGGAUCCACGAGCGAACACAGGACCGAUCUUAUUCCCACCGGGACCACCGUCGGAUCCACGCGACACCAGCGGCGUCAUCGUGGGCGGCAGUGGCUACGGAUUCGUGCCACCCAACGCAGGUAACCAUCUCGGUCGACGCCGAUGAGAAGGCGAACGAUCGAUAACUGCGCUUGAGUUCCGACAUACCUGCAGAUGCCCGAGCUACGCAUGAUUCUUUUUUUUUUGGGGGGAAAUUUUUUUUCGACCUGACACAAUCCAAUGCACCAAAAGAUAUAAUCGUAUAAUGGUGGCGGUGUCUGGCAGACGGAAGAGUACACGCACAUCCUGUACUUGUAAAUAUGUCACAAAUGAAACCGAGGAGUAAAACUGAUGAAAUUAUAUGUGAAUCAAUUAUUUUUAAUGCACAAAAAAUUGCUACUGAUUCGGAAUGGUGCGGAUGAAGCGAGUAUAAUAUUAUAAAUUUAGUUUAAAUAAUUGAUGCUGCUGUGAUGAUUAUUUAAUAUGAUAAGCAUCCUGUAAUGAGCAUUCCUAUACACAGCUUAGUUCCUCUUCGUUUAUCAUAGUAUGAGCCAUUAAUACAACCAAUUAAAAAGUAUACUUUUGCUGGCCUGCGCAAUAUCAUGAAUAAGUAGACACCAGUCCACGCAGCUUGUCACAAGUUGUUUGCGUGUGUAAAUAAAUAGGCAAAGAAUAUUUUUAGUUUUCCUGUUGUUUGCCUGGGGGCAGCGACAUUUUAGAUCAAUUUUUUUUCGUUUGUUUUUUACUAUGUAUGAUGCAUUUGAUGGAAUUUGCGUUACAUAUGCGUGCGAUUAAUUUUAUAAAUAUCGAACAAAUCCGUCAUUGUAAGCGAACGAAUCAAUCAAUAAUAUAAAAAUCGAUGUAAAUUUAGUAUUAGUAAGCCGCACUAAUACCUGCCUGAGAAAUGGGAAUUAAUAUUAAUAUGUUAUUGUAUAGCUGCGUAAUUUAACAAUCACAACUAUUAGACCUGCACAAGCUUAUAAUACAUAUAUUUAUACUUGAUUACUAUCAAUAAAAUUUACC